CCCUCAUUCUCCGCGGCCUUCUUUCUCCAAUUCUCUCUCUCUUUCUUUCUAGCAUACAAGCACUGUUAGAUUCAUCCCCGCCAAAAAAUGCCGUCACUUAGAAGAAGAACCCUAGCUCCAGAGCCAGUUUCUCCAAUGCCGGAAUCCAGAAAAAGAUCCAAAUCGAUGCAAGAAGGGGAGAAAGACUACACCGAUGUGUGUUGUGAGAAAUGCGGGUCGGGCGAGCGCCCGUCUGAGCUUCUGCUCUGUGAUGGGUGCGAUCGUGGAUUCCACCUCUUCUGCCUCCGUCCAGUUCUUGUUGCUGUGCCCAAAGGCCGCUGGUUCUGCCCCUCUUGCUCUAAUCACAAAAACCUUACAAAUUUUCCCCUUGUCCAAACCAAAAUUGUUGAUUUUUUCCGCAUUCAAAGGUGUACACAAUCUGCCGAAAAGCUCAGUCCAGAUUGUAGAAAGAGAAGAAAACGAAAUAGUGGACUAGUAAUGGCAAAGAAGAGGAGGAAGUUGUUGCCCUUCAAUCCUACUGAGGAUCCUGUUAGGAGAUUAGAACAGAUGGCAUCUUUAGCCACAGCGUUGACAGCAACUAGGACAGAGUUCAGUAACGAGCUGACUUAUGUUACAGGCAUGGCUCCAAGAUCAGCAAACCGUGCUGUACUUGAAAGAGACGGCAUGCAGGUUAUAUCAAAAGAUGAUGCAGAAACAUUGAAUCUCUGCAAGAAUAUGAUGGAACGAGGAGAAUGGCCACCUCUAAUGGUUGUUUUUGAUCCAAGAGAAGGGUUUACUGUGGAAGCAGAUAGAUUCAUACGAGAUUUAACAAUAAUAACAGAGUAUGUUGGAGAUGUCGACUACCUGAAAAAUCGUGAAAAUGAUGAUGGAGAUAGCAUGAUGACUCUUCUCACAGCAGCUGACCCUUCCAAAAGUCUUGUCAUCUGUCCAGAUAAGCGCAGCAACAUUGCUCGGUUUAUCAAUGGCAUCAACAACCAUAUACCGGGUGGGAAGAAGAAGCAAAAUGUAAAAUGUGUAAGGUUCAACGUCAAUGGUGAAUGCCGUGUUCUUUUGAUUGCAAGCAGGGACAUCAAAAAGGGAGAGAGACUCUACUACGAUUACAAUGGAUAUGAAAAUGAGUACCCAACAGAGCACUUUGUCUGACCCUCACAGGAACACCUCCACAACAGAUGAAAUAGCAAUUCUUUGUAACUCAGUUGCUAGCUUUGUAUUCUUCCACCCAACUUAGUUAUAACUCCUUGUCGCAUAGCAGCAGCUAAAAUUGUUCGAAAUAGACUUGCAUCUUCUCAUCUUGUACAAGCCGGUGCCAACAUACUAAUUUAACAAAAAACUUCUGCUGCGAUGUUUGUUGACCAGUAUGCACAAAAUUAUGACCCAAAUUCGAGGAAAUGUAAAUCAUUGCUUCAUCUCUUCUCAUGGAUUUCUUGCAGAAGCCAUAUGGCAUAUGCACCUCUUCUGUAGUUGGUGUCAGUUCAUUUAUGACUUAAACAAUGGGCCUGAGCCAAUUGAUAUUUUGCCAUUUUAAACAUUCAGCUUAUGGGCUUCCCCACUUUUGAAGAUCAUACAAGAACAGCCUCUCUUUACAUGAAGGCCCAGUAGAGUAAGUAAUUAUUGCACCCGAAGUCCAAUUUUAUUCUCGUUGUUUUCCUCUUGACAUACAGCAACAAAUUCCAGAUCGCAA